AUGUAGUCAUUUGGUUGGUUACUUGUUUAAGUACAGCUGAUCUCGCGAUACUGGAGAAGCAACCAUAAUCUACGCUUUGAUGAACAUUAAAAGAGUUGUCCAAAUAUUAAUCUACUGGGCUUAUGAACAACUUUCGGAAUCUUUCGAAGCACUCAGCGAGAAAUUCUACCACGAAUUCCUGUAAGGAUUCAAGGAGGAACUCCUGGAAUAAUUACAUUAUGAUUGCGUGUGGAACUUGUGAAGGCGACUCGGGUACAUCUUGAAAAUCUCCAAGGUCCAGAAUCACCAACGAUCAGAAAUUCCCAUUCAGAAUUCCUAAUUGAAAACCCAAAUCUCGUCGUCUAAAGUCAAACAAGAGACAUUUUCACAAAUCCCAGGCGAAAUCCUGGACGUGUUCGUGAGAAAUUCCUUGAUAUUUUCAGUGUUUGCCUUGGAAAUUUCAGAAAACUCAGGAAUGUCUGGAAGAAUGUUAGCAGAUAUCCCAGGAAUAAAAUUUAGAAGUUAUUUUUGACGGAGAUUUGGACCCCUAAAAUCCCUAAUCCCAACUCAUUAUUGCUACCAACCAUCCACAGGAAAUCAUUCCACCUAUGCUGACGGCAUCACUAACAACUCUCCUGAUCACAGCCGGGGCCAUCCAACGUGCCCUGGCCGGCACGGAACAACUUGUAAAACGAAUGGGUCUUCCAGUCGAAAAACACCGAGCAGUAACGUCCGAUGGGUACGUCCUGACCAUGUUCCGCAUUCCCGCGAACAAUACCAACUCUCCGGUAGCGUUCCUGCAGCAUGGCCUCAUAGCCUCGUCAGCCGAUUGGGUCAUCCUGGGUCCCGGUAAAUCGCUAGCUCACUCGCUGGUCACAGCAGGCUACGACGUGUGGAUGGGAAACUUCCGAGGCAACACCAUCUCCCGGAAGCACGUCUCGUUGGACCCGGCCCAACCGCAGUUCUGGGACUUCAGCUGGCACGAAAUAGGCCUGUACGACCUUCCGGCAAUGAUCGAUUACGUUCUGAAGAAGACCGGCCAAAAGACGCUACACUACGUGGGACAUUCGCAGGGGACUACGGCAUUCUUCGUGAUGGCGUCAAUGAAGCCGGAAUACAACUCCAAAAUUCUUUCGAUGCAGGCGUUGGCCCCGAUUGCGUUCAUGGGUCAAAUGAAGUCUCCUUUCAUACGGGCGAUAGCACCAUUCUCCACUCAGAUUGAGUGGACCAUGCGUAUGUUGGGCGUCAACGAGCUUCUUCCCAGCCACAAGAUGAUGAUUGCCGGAGGCCAGAAGGCUUGUGAAGACACCUCGACUCUCCAGGAAGUGUGCGUCAAUGUGAUCUUCCUGAUCUGUGGAUACGAUUCGGCCCAACUGAACCGAACCCUGCUGCCGACCAUUGUGCAGCACACUCCGGCAGGGGCUUCCGUCAAGCAGUUGGCUCACUACGCCCAAGGGAUCAACAGUGGGCGUUUCCGACAGUUCGACCACGGCGUGGUGGGUAACGUGAUGAACUACGGAUCCAGUACGCCACCCAGCUAUCCUCUGAAGAGGAUUACGGCGCCGGUGUUUCUUCACUACGGAGACAAUGACUGGUUGGCGGCGGUUUCGGACGUUCGUCUGCUCUAUCGGCAGCUCGGCAAUGGGACACGGUUGCUUCGGGUUCCGGAGAAGCAGUGGAAUCAUCUGGAUUUUAUCUACGCUACGGGAGCGAAGAGUUUGCUGUACAAUCGAGUGAUGGAUUUGAUGAAUCGGUAUAAUAAUGCAAUGCCGGAGAAAUAUAGGAUGGAAGAAUGAAUUUUCUGAACAGAA